AUGUCCUCACGUAAGACAGCCGGACGCCGUGGUACUAACAAAAAGCGUGCCCAACGUGCCACAUCCAAUGUGUUUGCUAUGUUUGAUCAAGCUCAGAUUGCAGAGUUCAAAGAAGCAUUCAAUAUGAUCGAUCAGAAUAGAGAUGGUUUUGUGGACAAAGAUGAUCUUCAUGACAUGUUGGCUUCACUUGGUAAAAAUCCUACUGAAGAAUAUUUAGAAGCCAUGAUGAAUGAAGCACCUGGUCCCAUCAAUUUCACAAUGUUUCUUACAUUGUUUGGGGAGCGCCUGCAGGGCACUGAUCCUGAAGAUGUCAUUAAGAAUGCAUUUGGGUGCUUUGAUGAGGAAAAUACAGGUGUGAUUGGCGAGGAGCGUCUACGUGAGCUUCUUACAACGAUGGGCGACCGUUUCACUGACGACGAUGUUGAUGAGAUGUUGCGUGAAGCACCGAUACGCGAUGGAAUAUUUGACUACGUGGAGUUUACACGCAUACUCAAGCAUGGCGCUAAGGAAAAGGAUGAACAGUAA